AUGGUAGUUCAUAAUCCUAACAACUGGCAUUGGGUUGACAAGAACUGUUUAUCUUGGUCCAAAACGUACUUGGAAAAGGAAAUUAUAAACACCACCUACACCCAUGAUACCAUUACAUACACACUCACAGAUAUAAACUCAGUCACUGGUGAUUGUGAUGUCACCCAAAGAAAGGGAAAAGUGUUAUGUAUAUACGAUAUGAAGCUUGAAUUUGCUUACAAGGGAGUUCAAGAUGAAGAUGAAUUCACUGGGAAGAUCAUUCUCCCUGAAUUCAUACACGAUCAAGAGGAAGAUGAGUACGAAUUCAGCAUUGAUUCAGAUUCUCACAAAUCAGAAGUAAGAAAGCAUUUCAUUCCUGUGUUAAAGCAAAAGUUAAUGAAGUUCCAAAACGAUUUGUUAAGAGCCCAUGAAAAGGAUGUUCAGCAUACAUCAAGCUGA